AUGCAAGUGCCGGCUUUCAUACAAAACACAGCCGUAACAUGGCCAGGAUGGAGAUCCUCUACUUCCAGGCACCUGGCAACAGAGAUUCCAGCAAGCCCGGAACCUCCUUCUCCUCUCGCAGCUCUGCCCACUAGCGUGCUGCUGCGGUCAAUCUUUAUCAACUCCAUUACUUCACGGCCCAAUCUCCUCCGGCCUUCUCUUUGGGUGCUAUCCAAGCUGUCCACCCCAGGGCGCUUUAUGCCCAGCGUCGAUAACAACAUACUUCUCAAAUGGAUUUUAAAACCCACCUUUUACAAGCAGUUCUGCGCGGGCGAGACUGGGGCCGAGACGCAGGCCACCAUGAAGCACCUGAAGGAGAUGGGCUUCCGAGGCACGAUUCUUACAUAUGCUAAGGAGAUUGUGUUUGAUCAUGCUACGGGCGCUCAGCACGGGCUGGGUGUUGCGACUUCUGAAGGAGUUGACACGCAAUGGUGCGAGAGCAUCGAGGCGUGGCGCGCAGGAACUGUCAAUACUGUUGAGCUUUUGGGCGAAGGUGAUCAGUUGGCUGUCAAGUUGACCGGUGCUGGCGCCCUAGUCACAAAGGCAUUUUCCGAGAAAAAGCUCCCUCCCCAGCAGAUGAUGGAUGCCCUAGACGAGAUCAGCACCAAGUGCAAGGAGCGGGGAGCUUACAUCUUGGUCGACGCCGAAUCUCAGCAUUUCCAAUGGGGAAUUAUGCUUGUGUCGAUGUACUUGAUGAAGAAGUACAACACGGACGGCAUCGCGACCAUUUACAACACUUACCAGGCCUAUCUGAAGAGUACGCCGGACACUCUGGCCAAGCAUCUUGCUGCUGCGGCUGAGGCCAAGUUCACUCUGGGUCUCAAGUUGGUGCGCGGAGCUUAUCUGGCUUCUGACGAGAGAUGCUUGAUCCACGACACGAAGCAAAACACCGACGACGCCUACGACUCCAUCGCACAGGGAGCACUCAGGCAAGAGAUUGGAAAGUUCGGAGCCAAGAAUGGCGUCCCAUUCCCCUCUGUCAAUCUGCUCCUCGCCAGCCACAACAAGGAUAGCGUCGUGGCAGCCCACCACCUCCACCAGGACCGGCUCCGGGCCAACCUCCCGACGGUCCCAGUCAAGUUUGCGCAGCUCCAAGGAAUGUCGGAUGAAGUCAGCUUCGGGCUGCUCCAGUUGAAGAAUGGGUCGUCAUCCGACCCCGAGGUCUACAAGUGCUCGACCUGGGGUAGCGUGGGAGAGUGUCUGGCAUAUUUGAUGCGAAGAGCGUUGGAGAACCGCGAUGCGGCUUCCAGAACGAGGGACGAAUAUAAUGCGCUCAAGGCUGAGGCGCGGAGGCGGGUGCGAGCUUUCUUUUAG